UUUCCUGUUGCAGAUUUCGGAUCUCCCCCGCCAAGUCGGCCCUUUCUCCUACACCGGGCCCUUCCUUCUCACCGUGUCUCGGAUGUGCUGGCAGGGAAGUUGGUCAUCGGGGAAAAACCAGGCACACUUGUCAAGCACCGUUUCCCUUUUCUGUGAUCGCUUCUCCAUCUUUGGAUGCGUGGUGGUCAUGCGUCUAUAAGUACUGAUCUUGGCCCGCCAAAAUCUCUUGCCACUUAGCUGAGACUGCCUUCUUCAAUCUCUGUCCUGGUAGUCGUCAUGCAGUCUAUCCUUCUGUCUUUAGUCUUGCUUACUCCCGGGCUAGCUCAAGCCCAAACAGGAGUCACAGAGCCCAUUUCAGAGAACUGUGGGCCUUCCGUUGUAUGCGUCAAUCGCUACGGCAAUGUCCUACCCUACCACUUCUUUCGCAAUGUAAGCACCAUGGACGCCGUAACGACCUUUGGAGACACCACUGUAGCGAACGGUACGAAAUUAAAUGACAUCAAGUCGGCCGAUUUCGUUGUCUACAACAAAGAGAAAGGCCUCGAGGCUCUUGGGUCAAACCCCAGCUACGAGUACGUUUUUGCAGUGAAUGAGGCUGUGCACGAGGCUCCUGUCUAUGUACCAGCGCAAAACAAGCUGUAUUUGUCGCAGCUGGCUCCUCCCGCCGGCUAUUUGCCGCAACUAGUGAUCGACCUCAACCAGGACCCUCCAACAUUAUCCGAAUUUCUCUCCGAUCCCCCCGUGUACGCCCCAAAUGGCGGUACCUUUCACAACGGCAAGAUCAUCUGGGGUGCCUCAGGCGGUAACAACUCAAUUGGAGGCUCCGAGCAGAGGGUGGGAUUGAGGUCUUUGGAUCCGGAGACUAACAAGACAGUGAGCUUGGUGAACAAUUAUUUUGGAUACUACUUCAACACGAUUGAUGAUGUUGCCGUCCAUCCUAAAACAGGAGACAUAUGGUUCACUGAUCCAGACUAUUCCUGGUUCAACGGUCUCACGGACACACCUCCCCAGCUGCCCAGUGCUAGCUAUCGAUACAACACUUCAUCUGGCGCAGUGGUUGUGAUUGAUGAUAGCCUAGGCCAGCCAAACGGCAUCGCCUUCACUCCGGACGGAUCAAUUGUCUACAUUAGUGAUACGGCUGCUGUCAGCGGCCCAGUCGAUCCCAAGUACGGCCAUGCGGGCACUACAUUUAACACCACCUACCGGAGGACCAUCUAUGCUUUUGACGUGAGCCAGGAUGGAGCUCAUGCCUACAACAAGCGGCCUAUCUACCUAGCACCUGGAUACGUGCCCGAUGGACUAAAGGUUGCUGCGAAUGGCUAUAUCGUUACGGGCUGUGGGCGUGGAGUUGACGUGAUUGAUCCGUCUGGGGAACUGCUAAUCACUAUUCAGACGAAUUACACUGUUCAGAAUUUCGCCUGGACGGGUCCGGAACUGAAGACGUUGUGGCUGAUGGGGACUGGAGGAAUCAGCAGAGUGGAGUGGGAUUUGGCCGGCCAAAAGCUGGAAUAGGCUGGACCCUCUACAAAGCUCUGCCACUAGAGUCUCAUUACAGUAUCAUUAGAGACCUGGACCAUUCUACCCAUAUUCGCAGCUAUACCGGAGCCCUGGGUCGGUGAAGUAGCUUUUGGGCAGUAUUG